AUGAUUGCCUUCAUCCACAUGUUGCACAUCCUCCGGUUCGUUAUGCGCGGCGGAAUCAUUGGUAGCGUCGCGAAAUCGGUGGUGGAAUCUGUCGGCCAACUGCUUCACUACGGCGGCACCGGGAGCGUCGGCGCCAAUACCGGCGUUGUUGUUCCCAAAGCAGGCCCAGACCCAAUCACUGGCUUGACACACGAGUCACGUCCCGGGGGUGGCUUCUUUUUUGGUGUUGUAAGUAAUACGAUCCGGAGGCGGCAGGCGCGGCCGGCGCCGACGUGUGACCAUUGA